AUGAGUGGGCAUGUAAGAAGAAGAUCCAAAUCUGCAGGAAGAAGAGAGUCUUCCCAGGUUGUUGGGCCUCUUGUUGCUCAGCAGCCCAGUGAUAAACCACCUCAACUAGAGGAACCACCGUCUGAGAAUCAGGAUACUAUAUCUGCUCAGGACAUUGAAGGACCUGCUAUGGAAGCUGAUCAACAGGAACUGCCUCUGCUGAAGACUGUGGAUGAGCCUGGGGAUGGUCCUGAUAUCUAUUAA